GCUCAGGUAAUGGUUUUUAUUGUCAAAUUAUCAAUGAUACAUACCAAGUAAUACAGGCUCUUCAAUGGAGCACAUUGUGUUAGCUGUGAUAUUAAGUAUAGAUGGAUUCUCUGCUGUCAGGCUUUGGCAACCUUUUUUUUUUUUUUUUGUGUGUGCAAGCCAAAUGGUCGAGAGCUGUGACUGUCAAAGAUUUCAUCAACGUUUGCAGCCGGUCAUGCUCAGGCACAGUACCAAAGCAACUAUGGCGACCCUUCGCAACUGCAUGCGAGCGAUCCAUACUCACGGAGCGAUCCGAGUGCCACGAAAUGUAGCAAUACCGGUGCGUGCAGCUUCGCGUUUUGGUCAAUUUGAGCGCCUGAAUCCUCCUUCGCUCCAUUCCGUAGAUGUCACCAAAUGGAAACGACGAGAAGUUCCGAUAGAAAUAGAGCGACCACCCUAUGCUGAAAGCGGGGAGCCGUCAGAAUGGGAAGGCCAUAUUCCUAUUCUUGAUCAAAUUGAAAUUGACAAGAUGACGACAGCCGGCGAUUUAGCGAGACGAGUACUUGAUAUGGGUGGAAAGCUGUGCCAGCCUGGGAUAACGACAGAUUCCAUUGAUAAAAUAUUGCAUGCCGCCAUCGUGUCCGAAGGCGCCUACCCAUCACCACUGAAUUACAUGGGAUUUCCAAAAAGUGUUUGUACUUCCAUAAACAAUGUUAUUGCGCAUGGAAUACCAGAUCUCCGUCAGUUGAAGAGUGGGGAUAUCAUCAACGUCGAUGUAACAGUCUACCUUGACGGUUAUCACGGAGACACCUCGGCAACUUUCUUGGUUGGCGAUGUUGAUGAGCCAGGUCGUGCACUAGUAGAUUGCACAAAAGAGUCUUUGGAUCUGGCGAUAGCUGCAUGUGGGCCAGGCGUUCCCUUUAAAGAAAUUGGAAGGGUUAUCAGUGACUGCGCAGCAAAGCAAUCUUUCUCGAUAUCGGAAGAGCUCUCUGGCCAUGGUAUUGGACGGAAUUUUCAUUGUCUACCUCUGAUUUAUCAUCAUGCCAACAAUGAGGAGGGAAUCAUGGAACCUGGGAUGGCAUUUACUAUAGAGCCGAUAAUAUGUCAAGGCUCGGCUGUAGGAAUACAAUGGCCGGACAAGUGGACGAUCACUACGGCUGACGGGGGUCGAAGUGCUCAAUUUGAACACACGAUUGUCAUUACAGAAGACGGUUGCAAUAUAUUGACUGAUUAGUGUAGAGAUCUAAAUAUAUGGAUUUUUUGUAUAUGAGCCUGCACGUCUCUGUUCUCGAAUACAUGGUGCGGUAUUUGGAAUGUCGUUUCGGAGCUUGCAUGGCGUUUCAUUUUUCCGUUGUAAACAGUAUAAAAGCAAACCUGGCUUUCCGCUUCAUAGUUUUCUCGUUAGCUCAC